AUGGCGAUCCUCAAAUCCAACCUGCUCUUCAACCGCAAGAAGCCGGCCAAGGCCGCCGCCUUGGACUCCUCCUCACCUGCUGCCGACGUCGAGAUGACCGCCGACGAGAAGACGCUCGACGCAGAGGUUGUUGAGGCCGGUAUCAACGAUCUUAAGGGUGAUACUCUCCGCAAUGAUGUCCAAACUGGUGUGCAGAAGAUCCAGGCCGUCACCUUGACUUGGUCCAGGACAUCGAUGUUCUCAAUUCUCUGCCUUCUCUGGCUAGUCACCUUGGCCAAUGGAUUCCGAACCGCCAUAUUCUACAGCUUGACUCCUUAUGCCACCAGUGAUUUCCAAAACCACUCGCUCUUGACCACUAUCAACAUUGUCUCCGGAGCCAUAACUUCCGCAUUGUACAUCCCGGUCGCGAAGCUGGUUGACGUCUGGGGCCGUGCCGAAGGGUGGCUAUUCAUGGUCGGCUUGUCGACCGUGGGACUAGUCAUGAUGGCCGCAUCCAGGAAUAUCGAAACAUACUGCGCCGCAGAUGUAUUCUACUCUGUCGGGUUCGCUGGGAUGAACUAUAUCCUCUGCGUCCUCGCGGCCGAUGUAACCACCCUCAGGAACCGUGGUAUUGCCUUUGCCUUCACCUCCUCUCCCUACAUGAUUACCGCCUUUGCCGGGUCAAAGGCUGCUGAGAAAUUCCUGUCGAACGUCAGCUGGCGCUGGGGGUUCGGCGCUUUCGCCAUCAUCAUCCCCUGUAUCGCCUCCCCGGUAUACUUCGUCCUGAGAGCCGGGUUGAGGAAGGCUGAGCAACAAGGCAUCAUCCAGCUCACCGAGCGUAGCGGCCGAACCCUGAUGCAAAAUAUCAAGCAUCACUUUUUUGAGUUUGAUAUUCCCGGGGUCAUCCUCCUGGCUGGAGGCUUUACCAUCUUCCUCCUCCCCUUCACCCUGGCGUCCACCGCCCCCAACGGCUGGAAAACCGACUAUAUCAUUGCCAUGAUCGUCACAGGUUUCGUUCUGAUUGUCCUUUUCGGGCUUUACCAGGUCUACUGGGCCCCUCAGCCGUUUCUUAAGCACGAAUUCCUCACCGACCGCACUGUCAUCGGCGCCUGCUUGCUCGACGCAACGUAUCAAAUGUCCUACUAUUGCUGGAACAGUUACUUUACCUCCUUUCUGCAGGUCGUCAGCAACCUCGACGUCGCAGAAGCAGGUUACGUUGGGAGCACGUUUCAGGUCGUUUCGGGCGUCCUGCUCUUCCUCGUUGGCUACCUCAUCCGCAGAACCGGCUACUUCCGGUGGCUUCUCUUCAUCGGUGUGCCAUUGUACAUCUUCGCCCAGGGUCUCAUGAUCCAUUUCCGCCAGCCCAACCAGUACAUCGGAUACAUCGUCAUGUGCGAGAUCUUCAUCUCGGUCGCCGGCGCCACAUUUAUCCUCAUUAUGCAGCUCUCCGUCCUCGCGGCCGUCGACCACCAACACGUCGCGGCUGCACUGGCCGUGCUCUUCGUCUCGGGCGGCAUCGGUGGUUCCGUCGGCAACGCCAUCUCCGGCGCCAUCUGGACCAACACCUUCCUCCCCGCGUUACAGCGCAACCUCCCCGAAUCGGCGCUCCCGAACAUCACCAUGAUCUACUCGCAUUUGCCGACGCAGCUCAGCUACCCGAUCAACUCCCCGGAGCGUCUUGCGAUCCAGGAAUCCUAUGGCUAUGCUCAGACGCGGAUGUUGGCGGCGGGCACGGGUCUGAUGGCGCUGAACUUUGCUUGGGUUGCCUUGAUUCGCAAUUACAACGUCAAGAAGAUGACUCAGACCAGUGGAGUUGUUUUCUAG